AUGCAGAAGGGGAUCCGGCUGAACGAUGGCCACGUCGCGUCCCUGGGGCUGCUGGCGCGAAAGGAUGGCACGCGUAAAGGGUACCUGAGCAAGCGGAGUUCGGACAACACAAAAUGGCAAACCAAGUGGUUCGCGCUCCUGCAGAACCUGCUCUUCUACUUCGAAAGCGACUCGAGCUCACGGCCAUCGGGCCUCUACCUACUGGAGGGCUGCGUCUGCGACCGCGCGCCCUCCCCCAAGCCGACGCUCUCUGCCAAGGAGCCGCUGGAGAAACAGCAUUACUUCACGGUGAACUUCACCCAUGAGAACCAGAAGGCCUUGGAGCUCAGGACAGAGGAUGCGAAGGAUUGUGACGAAUGGGUGGCAGCCAUCGCUCACGCCAGCUACCGGACCCUGGCCACCGAGCAUGAAGCGCUAAUGCAGAAGUACCUGCACCUGCUCCAGAUCGUGGAGACGGAGAAGACAGUGGCCAAGCAGCUGCGGCAGCAGAUCGAGGACGGAGAGAUUGAGAUUGAGCGGCUGAAGGCGGAGAUCGCGUCCCUGCUGAAGGACAAUGAGCGCAUCCAGUCCACCCAGACUGUCGCCCCCAAUGACGAGGACAGUGACAUCAAGAAGAUUAAGAAGGUGCAGAGCUUCCUGAGGGGCUGGCUGUGCAGGCGGAAGUGGAAGACAAUCAUCCAGGACUACAUCCGGUCCCCGCACGCCGACAGCAUGCGCAAGAGGAACCAGGUGGUGUUCAGCAUGCUGGAGGCCGAGGCCGAGUACGUGCAGCAGCUGCACAUCCUUGUCAACAACUUCCUGCGCCCGCUGCGCAUGGCCGCCAGCUCCAAGAAGCCGCCCAUCACACACGAUGAUGUCAGCAGCAUCUUCCUCAACAGCGAAACCAUCAUGUUUCUACACCAGAUCUUCUACCAAGGCCUGAAGGCCCGCAUCUCCAGCUGGCCGACGCUGGUCCUGGCCGACCUGUUUGACAUCCUGCUGCCGAUGCUUAACAUCUACCAGGAGUUUGUCCGCAAUCACCAGUACAGCCUGCAGAUCCUGGCGCACUGCAAGCAGAACCGCGACUUCGACAAGCUGCUCAAGCACUAUGAGGCCAAGCCCGACUGCGAGGAACGCACGCUGGAGACCUUCCUCACCUACCCCAUGUUCCAGAUCCCCCGGUACAUCCUGACCCUCCAUGAACUCCUGGCCCACACGCCUCACGAGCACGUGGAGCGGAACAGCCUGGACUAUGCCAAGUCCAAACUGGAGGAGCUGUCCAGGAUAAUGCACGACGAGGUGAGCGAGACCGAGAACAUCCGCAAGAACCUGGCCAUUGAGCGCAUGAUCAUCGAGGGCUGCGAGAUCCUCCUGGACACCAGCCAGACCUUCGUGAGACAAGGCUCCCUCAUCCAGGUGCCCAUGUCGGAAAAGGGCAAGAUCACCAGGGGGCGCCUGGGCUCCCUGUCCCUCAAGAAGGAGGGCGAGCGGCAGUGCUUCUUGUUCUCCAAGCACCUCAUCAUCUGUACUAGGGGUUCCGGGGGCAAGCUGCACCUGACCAAGAAUGGAGUCAUAUCCCUCAUCGACUGUACCUUGCUGGAGGAUCCAGAAAGCACGGAGGAGGAAGCCAAAGGAUCCGGCCAAGACGUUGACCACCUAGAUUUCAAGAUUGGGGUGGAGCCCAAAGACUCCCCGCCUUUCACAGUCAUCCUGGUGGCUUCGUCCAGACAGGAAAAAGCAGCGUGGACCAGUGACAUCAGCCAGUGUGUGGACAACAUCCGCUGUAAUGGGCUCAUGAUGAACGCCUUUGAGGAGAACUCCAAGGUCACGGUGCCGCAGAUGAUCAAGUCGGACGCUUCUCUGUAUUGCGAUGACGUGGACAUCCGCUUCAGCAAGACCAUGAAUUCCUGCAAGGUGCUGCAGAUCCGCUACGCCAGCGUGGAGCGGCUGCUGGAGCGGCUCACGGACCUGCGUUUCCUCAGCAUCGACUUCCUCAACACCUUCCUGCACUCCUACCGCGUCUUCACCACCGCCGUGGUGGUGCUGGGCAAACUCAUCACCAUCUACAAGAAGCCCAUCAGCGCCAUCCCUGCCAGGUCUCUGGAGCUGCUGUUCGCCAGCGGCCAGAGCAGCAAGCUGCUCUACGGUGAGCCGCCCAAGUCCCCGCGCGCCGUCCGCAAGUUCUCCUCUCCACCCCCGCUGUCGCUGAGCUCCUCCUCGCCCAGCCGCCGGCGGAAGCUCUCCCUCAACAUCCCCAUCAUCACGGGCGGCAAAGCCCUGGACCUGGCCGCCCUCAGCUGCAGCUCCAACGGCUACCCCAGCAUGUACUCCGCCAUGUCACCCUUCGGCAAGGCCACACUGGACACCAGCAAGCUCUAUGUGUCCAGCAGCUUCACCAACAAGAUUCCGGACGAGGGAGAGGCCACCCAGGAGAAGCCCGAAGAUGCGUCGACACUCAGCAAGCAGGGCUCAGAGGUGUCCGUGCGAGAAGAGUCUGACGGUGACCAGAAUCAGAGUGAUGACGGUGACACGGAGACAUCGCCCACGAAAUCCCCAACAACGCCCAAGUCGGUGAAAAGCAAGAACUCUUCAGAGUUCCCACUCUUCGCCUACAACAAUGGGGUGGUGAUGACCUCGUGCCGCGAGCUGGACAGCUCCCGCAGUGCCCUCUCAGCUGCCUCCGCCUUUGCCAUCGCGACCGCAGGUGCCAACGAAGGCACCCCCAACAAGGAGAAGUACCGGAGGAUGUCCUUGGCCAGUGCAGGCUUUCCUCCUGACCAGAGGAAUGGAGACAAGGAGUUUGUGAUCCGAAGGGCAGCCACCAACCGCGUCCUGAAUGUGCUGCGACACUGGGUCUCCAAGCACUCGCAGGACUUUGAGACCAAUGAGGAGCUCAAGUGCAAGGUGAUCAGCUUCCUGGAAGAGGUGAUGCACGACCCAGAGCUGCUGACCCAGGAGCGGAAGGCGGCAGCCAACAUCAUCAGGACCCUGACCCAGGAGGACCCAGGGGACAGCCAGAUCACGCUGGAGGAGAUCGCACAGCAGGCUGAAGGCGUGAAAGCUGAGCCCUUUGAAAAUCACUCAGCCCUGGAGAUCGCGGAGCAGCUGACCCUGCUGGACCACCUGGUCUUCAAGAAGAUUCCUUAUGAGGAGUUCUUCGGCCAAGGCUGGAUGAAACUGGAGAAGAAUGAGAGGACCCCUUACAUUAUGAAAACCACAAAGCACUUCAAUGAUAUCAGUAACCUGAUUGCCUCAGAGAUCAUCCGCAACGAGGACAUCAACGCCCGGGUGAGCACCAUCGAGAAGUGGGUGGCCGUGGCCGACAUCUGCCGCUGCCUGCACAACUACAAUGCCGUGCUGGAGAUCACCUCCUCCAUGAACCGCAGCGCCAUCUUCCGCCUCAAGAAGACGUGGCUCAAGGUCUCCAAGCAGACAAAAGCUUUGAUUGACAAGCUCCAAAAGCUUGUGUCAUCUGAGGGCCGAUUUAAGAAUCUCAGAGAAGCUCUGAAAAAUUGUGACCCGCCCUGUGUCCCCUACCUGGGGAUGUACCUCACCGACCUGGCCUUCAUCGAGGAGGGGACGCCCAAUUACACGGAAGACGGCUUGGUCAACUUCUCCAAGAUGAGAAUGAUAUCCCACAUCAUCCGGGAGAUCCGCCAGUUCCAGCAAACCGCCUACAAGAUAGAGCACCAAGCAAAGGUAACUCAGUAUCUACUGGAUCAAUCUUUCGUGAUGGACGAGGACAGCCUCUACGAGUCUUCCCUCCGGCUAGAACCGAAGCUCCCCACCUGA